GGUUGGUUCACCGGCCGUCGAGUUGGCAGAGCUUCCGCUUUCCUUCGUGUUCUGCUGCCGGGUUGACGGUUUUUCGGCUUACUGAGUUCCCUCACAGCUGCUUGGGGAGUCUUGAGGCAAGAGACUCGGAGCCGACUCGGGCUUCACUUCAGCGAAAGAAAGAAGCCUUGGAGUUAUUGAGAAUUGAAGGGACUUAAGCAGGUACAAGGAUGAAGCUUUAUAGCCUAAGUGUACUUUACAAAGGAGAUCCCAAAGUGCAUUUACUGAAAGCAUCCUAUGAUGUGUCAUCAUUUAGUUUCUUCCAGAGAUCCAGUGUUCAGGAAUUCAUGACCUUCACAAGUCAGCUGAUAGUAGAGCGUUCAGACCUAGGCAGCAGAGCUUCUGUAAAGGAACAAGAAUACCUAUGUCACGUUUAUGUGCGAAAUGACGGGUUGGCUGGAGUGGUGAUUGCUGACAAUGAGUACCCACCACGGGUCUGCUUCACCUUGCUGGAGAAGGUGCUGGAUGAGUUCUCCAAGCAAGUUAACAGAAUAGACUGGCCCUCUGGAUCCCCAUCGACGAUAAACUACACAGCAUUGGACAGUUACCUUAGUAAAUAUCAGAAUCCUCGUGAUGCAGAUGCAAUGACAAAAGUACAAGCAGAGCUGGAUGAGACCAAAAUCAUCUUGCACAAUACCAUGGAAUCUUUGUUAGAACGAGGAGAGAAACUGGAUGACUUGGUGUCCAAAUCGGAGGUUCUUGGAACUCAGUCAAAGGCCUUCUACAAAACUGCUCGAAAGCAGAACUCGUGCUGUGAAAUCAUGUGACCCUGUCAGCUGCAUCCCACCUUCUGCUGUGGACUAUCAGGCCUUCACUCACAUUCAAGACUCCCGAAAUGAGGCAGCAAGAAGAUAUAUCCCAAAACUACCGAUGAUGGCAAUCCUUGUUUCCAGAGUUAGCCACUUCAUCCAGACUGGAUGCCUGGAGUGGGACACAAUGUCGUGGUUCAUGAACUAAAAAACUGUCUUUCCCCUGUUUGGAAAGAAGGCAUUUCGGACUCCAAGAUUUCCGCGUUAUGGAAUGAGCAUAGAUGUAUUUUCUCCACUGGUCCUAAGGGGGGUAGUGGCAGUUCCAGCAGUCUGGUUGGUAGCUGCUGUUGGACUUGUUCUUUAUUGAUCACUUUGCCCUGCUUUUUUCUGAAACCUACAAAUAGCUGUGGACUUGUUCUUUAUUGAUCACUGUUUGCUCAUGUAACACUAGGAAAACAGUUCAACUACCUGAAGGUUGCAAGCCAAUACUGAGUCUUGAAUUUCAGGUCUCUGUACUACAUCUGGUGACAAUGAGGAAUUUCCCUUUGGGCCCAAAUGUCCCAUGCUAGUUAGGGAAGCAAGGCAUAAACCUUGUUGAUCUUUCACUCCAUUCAGAGUCACUCUGAGAUGAUCUAAGGUGAGAGGCCUGGGGUGGCCUAAGAACUGGUGCUGCUUUAUUAAACGAGCAGAGGAGCUCUAUGGUGGGGGGGCGGGGGGGGGGGAAGAGCUCAUCGGGUGAACUUGGACUAGUGAAAUCGCUUGAAAUGAUUCUUCCUUGGCUGAAGAUGGGAAGCUGUUCCUGUGCUGGGACUGUGUUUGCCAACACAAUAAGCAAAGGACUGUGUUUGCCAACACGAUAAGCAACACAAUCCACACUACUGCUGUUUGUCCAGUAUAGAAUUUUAUUUAAGGUGGCACGACGCUCUACGCCUCCACCUGGAAAUUUGUAUUUUAGAGCUGAUUUGGGAGGGCUUAUCUAUGGGUUCUAGUUGGUGGCUUGUGUUGCUUUUGCAGUGUAGCCUGGUUAUUCUCCUGCACUGGCACUCUGUUGUGUCAUGGCUACACUUUGGCAGUGCCUGUUCUAUAGUAUUGACCCGUAGCCAUUUGUUGAUGGCAUUUGUGCUGAUAUCCAGAAGCAUCGUCUACUGCUCUCCGCUAAGAGCUGUGCCAGAGUUCUGUGAAGUUUGACCUGUCUUCUAUUGGACAUAAGUGUUUUAGCCUCUAAAGUUGUGUGACUUGAUGUUGUGUCGUGAUGUUCUUAGCUGGUCCUACAUGCCACCCACCUUUCUGGAGGGUCUGUCCCUGCCUGCUAGUCUUAUGUAAAUACUAGAAGUUGUUGUUAAUAUUUUUCUUUCUGUCAGUGAUGCCUGAGUGCUGAGGUUUGCUCUAUCUUGGAAGGCAGGAACACUGUUCUGUAGUUGGGUUUCCCUCUGACUGAAGCUCUCCCCAUUGCAGCAGUGCUAGGUAGGGGGUGUCAUGUGCACUAAAAUGAGAGUACAGUGCUUAAAAUACAUGUAGCUGGCAAGGAACCUGAAGAAAUAGCAGCAGUACUAAGCAAUGGUAUAUUGUUGUUAGUCAGUGGGAUUGUGGGUAAACCAGGCACACAACUCUUACAUCAGACAAGGUAUUCCGCUCCCCAAAGACUGACCGGCAUUCAUCUGGAUACUUGUAAUGAAGGUCACUGGAAAAGAGGGGCGAGUCCUUGUGCCAUUCUACAAAAGCUGUACUUAAAUGUUGAUAGCAGAUGCAAUCUGUCGGGGCAGAGCUGAGGCUUACUGAUAGAGUUGUAAGGAAGAAUGCCAUCCUGGUCUUUGUUCUCUUGAUUCACAUUUGAAAGAUCUGUGGCUUUUCUUUGCUUUUGUGUCCUGUUUUGACUGCCUAAUUCUUACAACCAACCAGCAGUUACUAAAUUGCAAACCUCUUACUACUUAAUCACCUGCUUAUGAAAACAUACAUUGAGCCCAGAGCUCUACAGGAAUGAGAGGGGCUAACUGAGCAACCUAGAGUUUUAAUGAGUUUCUGUUUAUCUUAGAUGGUCUGAUUGGGGGAGUGUGCGCCCUGGGAUUUGGACAGCUUGGCUACAUUUACUUGCUCUCUGCUGCACCUCUUCUUGGGAACGGGUUGGGCCAAAGGUUGCACGAAAGCCUAGUCUCUGCUUGAACUGGCACUUAACAUUGUAUUGGUAGAACCAGUGCAACAUCUCUCUUGGUGCCAGUGUUUGAUUGCCUUAAUUUUUAUUUCUCCCAUCCCUGCUUCAGAUCUAGGCCCAGGGCUGGCAUAUUUUCUGUAAAGCCAUCUUUUAUUGCAGUCAGUUAGGUUUCUGAGCUGUUGCUGUGGCUUUGAUCCUAAUGAGCUCUCCUAAUAGCUGCACAGGUAGAACUGCUGUGAGUUCUGUGUUACUAAUUUCAGAAGAAAACUGUUCUUCCCACUCAACGUUCUUUGAAUUACAACUGGACUUUGGAGACUCAUCCAGAGGAGUAAAGAGCAGACUGGUUUAGUUACUGUAAUCUGCCCACCAUGUUAAUGUGCUUAUACCUAAUCCUAUCCUCCAUCUAAUGGAGAAGCUUUUACCUAAAGACUGUAUUUUAAUAAAUAUUGCUUAACUUUU